UUGACAUCAAUCAAUUCUCAUUUAUUGAACUAAACACACAAAAUGUUCAGCAAAGUAGUAGCAUUCGGCGCUAUCGUCGCGGCGGCCAACGCUGGUCUGUUACUCGGCCCAGCAGUUUCCUCCCAAAGCAUCGUCCGCCACGACGAAGGUCACUAUGCUGCCCCACUAGCCUACGCUGGUCACGGUGGUCACGCUGGUUACGCUGGUCACGGUGGUCACUACGAUGGUCACUACGACGGUCAUCAUGAAUACGCCCAUCCCAAAUACGACUUCGCGUACUCAGUAGCCGACCCCCACACCGGCGACCAUAAGUCACAGCACGAGAGCCGCGACGGUGACGCCGUACACGGCUACUACUCGCUGGUGCAGCCCGACGGCUCCGUGCGCAAGGUCGAGUACACCGCCGAUGCCCACAACGGUUUCAACGCUGUCGUCCACAACUCAGCUCCAUUCGUGCACCCCGCGCCCGCGCCUAUGAUUUAUGAUAUAAAAAUGAUGUCAAGAAACAUAUCUCAUCAAUCUACGCCUGGAAGUGUAUCAAACAACAUCAAAAUGUUUAAUAAAAUCAUAGCGUUCGGAGUUCUCCUAACUGCGGUCAACGCUGUCUACUACCCAGGUCCUGCACUGUCGUCUCAAGGAAUAGUUCGGCACGACGCAAACUUGGCUUUGGGCCAUAUCGCUGCCCCUGCUCACUACGCUGUGCCUCUAGUACACGCUGCUCCUUUGGCACAUUACGCUGCGCCGGCGAUAUACCCCGGCUAUGACGUACAUGGUGUCGGCCAUGAUGAAUAUGCAUACCCCAAAUACGACUUCGCUUACUCAGUGGACGACCCCCAUACCGGCGACCACAAAGCGCAGCACGAGAGUCGCGACGGUGACACAGUUCACGGAUUCUAUUCGUUGGUGCAACCCGACGGCUCCGUCAGAAAAGUUGAAUAUACUGCUGACGAUCACACCGGAUUUAACGCAGUGGUCCACAAUUCGGCACCCUCGAUCCAUCCGCAACCGGUCUAUGAUGCACACUACUAAUUCAAGAUACUUUUAAAAUUAAUUUAUAUAUGAAAUAAUUUAUUUAUUAAAUUUAUACACUGAAA